AAAUGCUCCCCUCCUCCAUGCUUCAAUUCCCUUUUCCCCUCUUCCCGAGCUCCCUUGCUAGGUUACCUUCCUCAACCACAUUCUGCCCUUCUGGCCCUCAUCUCUCUCCCCCUCUCUCUAGUCUCUUCAGUAACACCACAAUUUGUUACUGACACGCCUUCAGUCUGUUGACCUGCUACUAGCGAAAUUUGGAGACCCAGCCUUCUGUCUCUGAAACUUGGAGUUCCCAGGGGGGAGGUUCUGCCAAAAUUUUGGCUUCUGAACAUCCAUUUCCAGGGGGAGGUUCUGCCAAAAUUUGCUCCUGUGAACAUAAGUUUCCCAAGGGGAGGUUCUGCCAAAAUUUCCACCUGUGACCAUCAAUUUUCCAGGGGGAGAUUCUGCCAAAAUUUUGUGCACUAACCGUCAGUCUUCCAAGGGGAGGUUCUGCCAAAAUUUUCUUCUCUCACUGUCACUUCUCCAAGGCCAAGCCCUGCCAAAAGUUUCUUCACAUACAUCAUAGAUAUAUACAACAAAUACUAAUUUGCAGGGUAAAUAAACAAGAGUACUCUCCUCCUUGUCCUUGAUGAUAAGCUAGAAGAGAGGCCGCAGCAUCUGUUUUAGAUGUUGUUGCUCGUCCUGUCCGAGCACCUCCUUUCCCAAUUCAUGGUCGGUUCCGCCAUAACCCGCCUUGUCCAGUCCUUCUCUGUUGUUUUCCUCUACUGGUUUUAUGUCUUCUCAGUGAGCUGCCAGUAGUUAAUCUCACCUUUUCAAGUUAACUAGGCGUUGUCUAUAUUUACCAUAUAUAAAAAUUAAGGUAGUAACAAAGAGGUACCUACACCUGACAAAUAAGAGAGAGUGAAAAAGAUUACACCUCAGUUUGCGAGAGGUGACUAUGUCAAGUGGGACUUCGUCUGGGUCAAGCCAGGGGACCCAGAGUUCCAGGUCGGAGGAUGAUCUGGAUCUUCAGGCCCAGAUGGAGAGGAGGAGGAAGCGAAGGAAGGAGUCGAACCGGGAAUCGGCUCGGAGGUCUAGGCUAAGGAAGCAACAACACCUUGACGACCUCACCUCACAGGUAAAUCAGCUGAAGGACCAGAACAAGCAGCUCAGCAUGGCACUGAGCAUAACCAGCCAAAACCUUGUGGCAGUGCAAGCACAAAACUCUGUCCUUCAGACCCAGAAGAUGGAGCUGGACAGCAGGCUGGGCGCCCUGACAGAGAUCCUCUGGUACAUCAACUCAAGCACCAGCCCCAGCACUGCUCCUGCAGAUCCAGCCAUGGUGAACAGCUUCACAACAUGGAGCAGCGCCUCUGAUAUUCUUGGCGCCAACGCAUGGAACCAGCAGCAGCCCAUAGACCUGUACCAAUGCUUCUAGCUCUAGCUCUAGAAGAUGGAAGGUGGCUGUGGCAUAUGACAUAGUGGUAGGGCCAGGGGGAAAGGAGGCAGGCAGCAGGCAUCAAGUUUCUGUUCAAUCAUGUAGGGCCUUUGUGUCACUAUUGAUGUGUGCUUGAUGCUUCUCCCUUGAUUGUUUAUUUUGGAGGCGACGGCGAUGUUUUGGUUUUCUUGCUGUUGUUGGUAGAGCCUAAAGGAUGGACAAAUGACAAAGUUUGUCUUGGCUUUGUGUGACGUGAAGGCUGUUGUUCUCUGGUAGUUGAGGAGUAUAUAUAUAUAUAGGGGAAAUAAUAUUGGGCCAGAUAGUGAAAAGGAGAGGCAGGUGAUUUGGUGGCUCUUGAUAUAUAGCAGAAAUAAUAUGCGUAAUGAUGAUGAUAAUGUUUAUUAAGAUGUCGAUUUGAUGGCAAUUGAUACCCGCUGUGCCUCUCUAUAAACCCUAGAGGUGGACUCUUGACUCUAUUUCCCAUCUUAUUAUGUUUGAUGGGUGGUGAUAAUGUUUACUAAGAUUUGGAUUU